GCCCCCGGCAGGCUGCGAGCAGGUCGCCACGGGCUGGCACCCGCCACCUGGCCCCAGUAAAUAAGGGAGAGACUCUCCCGAGCACCGUAAAUAGAGUCCGAGUGGGCGGGGAGCCGCUCCGCGCCGCCCGCUCAUGUCCCUGCCGAGCCGAGUGUCCGGCCGCCUGGCACAGCUGCGCGCCCCGCGCCCCUGGCCCAGCCCCUCGGCGGGGGCCGCGCGGACCCCCGGCAGUGCGUGCGGACCCCCGGCGUCCCUGGGCGCGUUCGCCCCGCGCGCGCGGGCCUCAGCGGGAGUUGGGGCUUGGGGGGCGGUGGCGGUGGGGCCGAGCGCCGGGGUGCGCACCUGGGCCCCCCUGGCCAUGGCGGCGAAGGUGGACCUGAGCACCUCCACCGACUGGAAGGAGGCAAAAUCUUUCCUGAAAGGCCUGAGUGACAAGCAGCGGGAGGGACACUACUUCUGCCAGGACUUCGUCAGGCUGAAGAAGAUCCCCACGUGGAAGGAGAUGGCGAAAGGGGUGGCCGUGAAAGUGGAGGAGCCCAAGUACAAGAAAGACAAACAGCUCAACGAGAAGCUCUCUCUCUUCCGCGGGGACAUCACCAAGCUCGAGGUGGACGCCAUCGUCAAUGCCGCCAACAGCUCCCUGCUCGGAGGCGGUGGCGUGGACGGGUGCAUUCAUCGGGCCGCCGGACCCCUGCUCACUGACGAGUGCCGGACCCUGCAGAGCUGCGAGACCGGCAAGGCCAAGAUCACCGGCGGCUAUCGGCUCCCGGCCAAGUACGUCAUCCACACGGUGGGGCCCAUCGUGCAGGGGGAGCCCAGCGCCAGCCAGGCCGCCGAGCUCCGCAGCUGCUACCUGAGCAGCCUGGCGCUGCUGCUGGAACACGGGCUGCGCUCGGCGGCGUUCCCCUGCAUCUCCACCGGCGUGUUCGGCUACCCCAGUGAGGCGGCGGCCGAGGUGGUGCUGGCGGCGCUGCGGGAGUGGCUGGAGCAGCACAAGGACAAGGUGGAUCGCCUGGUCAUCUGCGUGUUCCUCGAGAAAGACGAGAGCAUCUACCGGCAGCGGCUCCCGCACUACUUCCCCGCGGCCUGAGGCCCCCGCACUCACCCUGACCAGGACUGAUGCCCCGGGGCGCGCAGCACCUCGCUCCCAGCUCUGAGGUCACCCGAAGCCUCCAGCCUGGGCCCGGCCAGCCCGUCCUCGGCCUCAGCGCCCUGCCCUGGGGGAGCCCCUGAAUAAAGAUCGCUUCUCAGCUCC